CGCCGCCGGCACGCGCGACGUCGACUGCAGAGCAACUUGCAUUGCUCCGUUUUGGUUUUGCUUCCGGUGACUCAUUCGGUGGGGGCGAUCAAGUUAUCCAUCCGUGUGCUGCCCACGUGCAAUAUGACAAUGGUCAGUGAACUCGCGCAUUUGUAAGCCUGUCGUCAGCGUUUAAGUGUUCUCCUGAAACGCCAAACAGCAGCGGGCGUUGCCGAUGGCUGCCAGCUGCAAAAUCGGGACCGCCGAUUGCGUCGCAGUCGCUGUGUCGGUGUCGAGCAUCUGCAAGUACGUGAACAAAGCGUGCGAGAGAUCGCCCUGCUUGCGCGACGGGGAGGCGGCGUAUGAAGCCGGCGACGUUAUCGAGUGCUUCGUGGAAGCGAUCCGCGCCGGCCGCGUCAACAUCCGUGCACGGGUUCUGCACCCCAGCGACCCCCUCAGCCCACCUCACAGGGUUGCGGUGACGCUCGAACAAAACGAUGUGACAGAGGCCCUUUGCACUUGCAAAGCAGGCAGCUACAAGUGCGGGCACGUGGUGGCCGUACUGCUGCACCUGCACACGCAACAAUUGCUGGCCCAGCCUUCAGUGCAGUGCCAAGGGCCACGCGUGUCAGUGAAGAAGGAAAAACAGAACAAGAAAAAUGAGUCUAAGGAAAAAUUGGAUCUUCCUUGCAUUGACAAGCUUACGAUUGACGAUGCACCAGCCGUAGCGGAUAUCUCAAGGAGGCCCCUCGAAAAUAGUUUGCACAAGUCCACCUCUCCAGUGCCCACAAAACAUGCCUCUGAAUGUGCACAAGGCAGGCAGCAAUCAAAAGAAGAUUCUGAACCUGCACCAAAGACACUGAAAGCUGCUAUCCAUGCCAUCGCGCACACAGCAAAGCAAGCCAAGAACAAGCCAUCGGUAGAGGAGAUAUUUAAAAAGCUCUGCAAGCAGCACAACCCUGACGAUGUCAAAAUCGUUGAGCGUGCUACAAGAGAGCAGAGCUGUUGUGAACUUUGGUUGGAGCAUCGCGUCGGUAUGAUCACUGCGUCAGUCGCCUACAGCGUGUUUACACGCGUUAACACGAUUCGGACAAAGGCAGGCCCCCACGACUUGCGGGCUUUACUCAGGUUGCUCAUGAGAGAAUCUCGCGUGACGAACGAGGACAUGCAGAGGGGCAUCACUCUGGAGCCAGUGGCGAAAGAGGCAUACAAGAACCAAAACACGCAUCACAAAGGCCUUCAGCUUCACGACUGCGGCCUUUCCAUUCUUCUGGGUAAGCCGUUUAUUGGUGCGAGUCCCGAUGCCAUCGUCACGUGCGAGUGUUGCUCUCCAAGGCUGCUCGAGGUCAAGUGCCCGAGAAGUCUGGAAAGAUUUGUGGAAUAUGAGGUCGUUUGUCAAGGAGACGAAAUGCGGCUGAAGCAAAAUGGCCGAUAUUUCUGUCAAACGCAAGUUCAGAUGGGGGUUACGGAGCUUGGCUCGACCGAAGUCUUUGUGUACGUAAGCGACACGGAAAACAUGACACUGAAUGUCACUUUCUCGCAGGAAUACUUCGAUGAGGUGGUUGAGAGGGCGACAUUCUUUUUCAAGCAUUAUGUAUUGCCUCACAUGCUUGAGUUGCCAGAGUAGAGGCGCUGGUUUUACUGCUUGUGUUGCUUGUUUUGUAGGUGAGAGCAUAGGCACAUGCAAUCAAGAGACAUCGUGUCUUAAGAUCUGUGAUAGGUAAAAAUGUGGGUAGAUAGUAUGCCUGCAUAUUUUUUACAUGGCAAUGCUUUUCUUAUCAUGAAGAAAUCUGUGUCACCUUUCUCGGGAUGACACACACAAGUUGGUGAAUUUUUUUAUGCAGCUGACAUUUUUUACAAGCCCAACUUAAAAACAAUCUGCUAGUCUGCUCCAAUUUUUUACACAAAAUAAUGCUGAGGAAAGCAUAAAAAGCAGCAAAGAUCUGUGAUAAGGAUUCUCUUUUAAUACGUGCUACCUCAUUAAGAUUUGUCCUGCAAUUUAAAGUGCAAUAAAAUGUGGUAUUGUGUUUAUGUGGGACAAGACAUACACAGCAAGAAGUCCCAGUUACAAAUACAAAAACAGUCUGUAAUAAGUAAAAUGUGUUGGCUCCCACUGUUGCUACAUUGUAGGCAUGUUUUAACAUUAAUUGCAAUUCAACACAGCCCAUGCAGAACAAAAGUAUUUUUUAUACUGUGUUGACGGUAGGUUAGUGCUUUGGUAUUGUUGCGCUACAGUUGUUUUUAAAGGAACAUUGUUUGACAAGGACUACAAGGGUUGGUUCGAGAGUCAUCAGUUGAAUCUGCUGAAGGACACAUGGUGUGCCUCCGCAGGCUUGCAUUGUGGCCUUGCAUUGUCGUUAUUGUACUGUAUAAGUAGCACCUGAAUAAACGGCGCUUUCGGAUAACUGCAA